ACUCUCUCUCCACUCCAUUUCUGACUCUGGUCCUUCUCGCAAAGCUCUCUCGUCCUCGUCCACCUCGCCCACCGUUUUUCCAAAUUUUCGCAUAUUUCACUCGAGUUUUCAAAUUCCUGCCCCCCACACUUUUCAAUGCACCGCCCCCCUCGGUUGUUAUGGGUGGGAGAAGAGUGACUCGCCUUCCCUGGAUCAGAAGGGUUUUGGAUCGGAUUCCUGGAAACAAUCGUUUGGGAAUGUAUCGGUUCCUGCCGUUCUUUUUUGUUCUCGGAGCUGCGCUAGAAUUCUCCAUGAUCAAGUGGGACGUUAAUGGACAAGUCAAUUUCUAUCGAACUUAUAAACGGCGACGUGCAGAGGAAGUAGCAGCAGCAAUAACACAUUCUGUUCAAGGACCAGAAGUCAAUAACUAAUGGUCAAACCCAACGUUGAGCUCAAUCAUACAAGUACAAUACAUAUAGUCUAGUUGGACACGUAAUUAAAAUGCCUGCGGGAGUAUCUUGGGGGCAGUAUAUCCGAUU